GAGGUCUGGAGGCUCAGGGAGGAGCCCGGGGCCCAUGCAGUGCAGGAGCCUCGUCACUAUUACACAGGCUCCGAGCACGGUGUGUGCAAGUGGAUGCCCCCAACCCCAGCUGACAGCGCGUCAGCAGCCAGCUCUGAUUAUGCAGACGGGGAUGACAGAACUGACAAGGCCCGGCUCCGGCCUUCUGUCUGUCCACUUACCUGUCUUCCCGCAGGUGGAGCAGCAGCCCCCAUGCAGGGCGGCGAGAACCACAGUCUGGGGAGCGACUUCACUCUGCUGGGGCUCUUCUCCUCCCGCCAGGCCAGCCUGGUCUUCUUCCCAUUCCUAGUCUCCAUCUUUGUGCUGACGGUGACAGAAAACGUGCUCAUGAUCUCGCUCAUCCACAGGGACCCGCGGCUCCGCACCCCGAUGUACCUCUUGCUCAGCCACUUGUCCCUCAUGGACAUCUUGCACAGUUCCAACAUCGUCCCCAAGAUGAUCGCCGACUUCCUGUCGGGCAGCAGGACCAUUUUGUUUGCAGGCUGUGGGCUGCAGGUGUUUCUGUCCCUCAUCCUGCUGGGCGGUGAGUGCCUCCUCCUGGCGGCCAUGUCCUGUGACCGCUACGUGGCCAUCUGCCACCCACUGCGCUACCCCAUGCUGAUGAAUGAGAAGACGGCCGUUUUCCUGGCUGGGGGUGCCUGGCUCGUGGGGCUCCUCAACUCUACGGUUCACACGGCUUCCGUUCUCCUUUUCCCCUUCUGUGGCCCCAGGGCCAUUGACCACUUCUUCUGCGAGGUCCCCGCCAUGCUGAAGUUGUCCUGUGCAGACACAUCGCGCUAUGAGCGUGGCAUCUUCGUGAGUGGCGUCAUCUUCUUGCUCGUUCCUUUCUGCAUGAUCUCUGCAUCGUAUGGCCGGAUUCUUCACACCGUCCUCCAGAUGAGAUCCUCAGAGGCACGGAAGAAGGCCUUCUCCACCUGCUCCUUCCACAUGGUCGUGGUGGGCAUGUACUACGGGCCCUUCAUCUUCACCUACAUGCGACCCAGGGCCUACCACAGCCCCGGCCAGGACAAGCUCCUGGCCGUCUUCUACACCAUCGUCACCCCCACACUCAACCCUGUCAUCUACAGCUUCAGGAACAAGGACGUUCUGGCGGCAAUGAAAACCAUGCUUGGAAGUCACUUCCUGCCUGAGAAGUGAACCCUGUGUUCCCAUGAUUUCUCUAUUAACGCAGCAGGAUGUCCACUGCGGGUUUCUCCUGAAAGCAAGUAAAAGCUUUGAACGCCCCACGUGUGGAAAGAAGUGGAUGCUUCCAAACCCUGACAGUUAUUAAGUUGUGACGUGUCUUGGCUUUUAAACUCAGGUCAGUAUAGUUGCGUUUGCUUCUGUGAUACUAAUCACC